AUGUCUGUGCGCAAUCGUCACUCCGAAAUAUCUAACCAAUCGAGCAGAACUGCAGACAACACCAAUCCCGCGAGACAGCAGGUAACGAUAUCACAAGAAAAGCCCCCGGCGUACGAGCCAGGGUCUUUGAUCUGGUUAAAACGCAAGAUUCGCUUCAAUAAAGAUAUUGUUUACACAAUAAGCAAGAGUGGCGUGUUACGUGUCUUGGAUCGAAAGGGGUAUGAUCACCCUGGAUGGAUCUUGGGACCUAUGGACGAUGCAGGUACAGGCUAUCUUGUUGCAAUAUGUACUACCUUCACAAGGACACCGCUAGAAGAAUGGCUUGUUUCUCGACGUUUACGAAAUGACAUGCAUCAUUCAUUAGCAAUGAGUACCCUACCUAGCUCUGAACCCAUCCUGCUGGAGAGCAUUACCCUACCCGACGAGACACGGAAGUAUAGGACAUUGUAUCUUGGAAGAGGGGAACUGCAAAAGCAAGCCUACGUUCGAACAGAGACGAUUCUACGUGUUCCAGCUUCACAACUUCAGCCCUACUUCUCAAGCCCUACUAACGAGAUUACCCCGAGACUUUCUUUAGCCAGCUUCUUACUUUUGUUGACGAAGACUGGUAACACAGAAGAUCCCUAUUUCUUACUUUUUGGACGACUACCGACAAUAUCUUCACGCCAAAGGCCACGCAAGCUUUCUCAAGCUACGCCACAGUUCAGCUACGAAGGAGCAGGUGUAUGGAGUAAAGAAUUUUCCUCCACGGUGGAGAUACUGGACGUUCUGAAUGUGGUCCCACUUCCGUACGAGGAUUUUAUCGGGACUUUACCACCAACAUUAGGGAAUAUGGAAGAGUCGACAGAGAUGCAAGAAACAGGGGACAUUCUUUGGUCCGAGAAUGUCCUACCCGAUCGAGAAGAUAGACAAGAUGAGAGUUUGUAUAGCUACGCUCCCGAAACUGAAGAGUGGUGCCCAACUAUGGCAGACACCGACAACGAAAUAUCCGAUGAUGAGGACGAUUUGGAGCACCAGCUUCAGUCCCUUGCCUUGAUUGAAGCAGCACAAUUUCAUCAGACGGAAAGCCCCACCAUGCCGAAUGUCUGUGCGGUAACCGACUUUCAAACGCCGAAAAGUGAGUCUGGGAUAAGCUUCACUGAAGAUGUGGACGUCAUCACUUCGGUAAGCCGUCAAGUCAUGGUCGAAGAUUCUGAGACGUUGAUUGACCUAGUUGAGGAAGCCAAAUCAACAGAAAAAUCACUUCUUGGAUCAGCCAACGUAGCGCAGUUCAAUCAAUACGCAAAAGAGUAUAUCGCGGAGAUUGAAAGCUUUAGCCUCACAUAUCAGAAGGUGUCUGUAUCACGCAAGCCCGACUAUAGCUACUGGAACCCCACCUGUACCAGAAGACCUGCUGAAGAGGACAUUUCCGAACACAGUGAGGACGUUCACGCCCGGAAAAGAAAAAAGAUUACGCACGAAAGACCUCGAGGUGACAGAAAGCCUCCUUCAGUUUUCACAUGCGCACGGGCAGCUUGGGAGAUACGAAACUCGCUGAAGCAUCCUUUGGCUCGGGCACGAGGAAUAACUUCUAGCACCAACAUUCCUCCGAAUCACCCCGAAACUCAUCAUAAUGAGAUGCCGUCGCACGUAGUCAAUUACGACGACUUGGUGAGUGACAGAAGCAUGCAACUGACCGGGUUAUCGAUUGUAGCAACACCAGAUGAACUAUCUCAGGACGAUGAUGGUAUUCAAUCUUUUGGCACCACGCUAGAGAAAUAUUUGCUGAAGAAGUCGUCUAAGAUAUUUAUUUACGCUUAUGUUUGUGUUGAUUUCUUAUGGAUUGGUGGAUUGGCAGCAGCAGUGGCAUUCUUAGAGAAGGACACGAGACGGUCGUAG